AACUUCAAAUCGAAUCUGUCCAUUUGAUCCAGGAAACGCAACGGAAGGGGGGCUCGCUAGCUCGACAGAGACGACAAGGGAGAUCCCACGCCCAGCACAACACUCACACUGCCACGCACAUCGUCCUCCUCCCCCUCCCCUCCUCGCCCUCGUGCGUGCCCGUCUCCUCCUCCUACCCCGCGCGACUAGUAGAAAUAGCGCGUGCCGCCUGGGUCUCUCGCCGAAACCACCCUCGCCACCAAUCCGACCCGACCCGGCCCUUCACAUCAUCCGCGGGCGCUUUGGCGGCCGUCGCGUGUGGCGUCGCCGUGCGUUCGUGGUGGUGCGUGACGCGUGGUGCCGCCGAGGGGCGGAGGAGGUCGUUCGGCGGCGGCGGCGAUGGCGAUCCGCGGCACGGAGGUGGCGUCCGUCACGCUCCUCUUCUCCCUCGCCUUCUUCUGCGCCCGCUUUCUGCUCGACCGCCUCGUCUACAAGCCAUUGGCAGUUUACUUUUUCAACACCAAAGCUUCUAAGUUGAUGAAUGAUGAGGCCAGGCAAGCAAAGAUUGUCAAGUUCUCAGAGUCCAUUUGGAAACUUACAUACUAUGCUUCUGUUCAAGCGUGGGUCCUCUUGAUAAUAAAGCAGGAACCAUGGUCAUUGGAUACCAUGCAAUACUUUGAUGACUGGCCGAAUCAACCCAUCUCGUCCUCAUUGAUGCUUUUAUACAUGUGCCAGUGUGGAUUUUAUAUCUACAGCAUUGGUGCUCUUGUUGCUUGGGAAACCCGCAGAAAAGACUUUGCUGUAAUGAUGUCUCAUCAUGUAAUAACAUCUACUCUCAUUGGAGUCUCAUAUCUGACCGGAUUUUUCCGAAUUGGGACAAUCAUUCUCGCUUUGCAUGAUGCAAGUGAUGUGUUUCUUGAGACUGCCAAAUUGUGCAAGUACACAGAAAAGGAACUAGGGGCUAGCGUGUUUUUUGGUCUCUUUGCAAUCUCCUGGCUCCUAUUGCGCCUGAUUUACUUCCCUUUUUGGAUAAUCAAAACAUCUAGCUAUCAUUCUAUCACUUUCUUGAGGAAGCUGGAUGAAUUUCCGACUACUUUGUACUACAUUUUCAACACGAUGCUUCUCACAUUGCUUGUGUUCCAUAUGUACUGGGGGAAACUCAUAUGGUUGAUGAUCAAGAGACAAUUGAAUAAUAAAGGACAAGUUGGAGAUGAUGUUCGAUCUGAUUCCGAGGAUGAGUGAUGGGGAGAUUCUUUGACAUCCGCAAUGUGCCACUUCUUUGCUGAUACUUUUCUAUGCCUGCUUUCCAGAAUUGAUUGUUUUGAUCUUGGCAAGCUUGGGGCAGGAUAAGAAAGUUUGGUCUCCCUAUAUUGCCUUAUGAUAUCGAAUAUGCCUAGACCGAGAAUGGAGCAGGUCCUAUACAUGACGGGUAUAGCUAGCAACUUACUUGAAGGUUCCUUCAAAAAUUUUGGUUCACCUUUUUUGAUAUGGGAGAAGACCUGAGAGGGCCUGUUCUAUAGCUUUUUCCUGAAGCUUACAGAACCCCUCUGUACCAUGUUCAGUAUACUUCACCUGUGAGUAGAUUUAGUUCUAAUUCAUGGUAAUAAAUUGAUUUUUUGGUCA